AUGGCUGGAAAGAAGAUCCGUUGCAACGCCACCGAGUGCCGCGAACGAGCCCAGCUCAUCGUUGGCGACUGCAGCUUCUGCCAGGGCCACUUCUGCAGCAAGCACCGUCUGCUGGAGGAUCACAAGUGCAGCGGCCUCGAAGACUGCAAAACGCAAUCCCACGCCCGCAACGCUGCCCAGCUCGAAUCCGAGCGCACUCAGGUCAUCCGAGGCGUAUAG